CCAAUGGUUGACCUUGUAUUAAAUGGAUGGCCAAAAGAGUUGAUGUUGAAUUCAACCGAGGAAAUGUUUGUUACCUAGGAUAAGGAUAGGAAGCUUGUCUGCGUUGGUUGUGAAAUGUGAUGUGACUGCUGUUCUUUCCCCUUCCAAAAUUAGAAUCUAUGAGUUUCUUGGCUUAAAUUGCCGCUAGCAUUUGGUUCACUUAAUAUAUGCAAAAAGGAAACAGCCAAGAGUUCAGCAAACCGACUUGAAACACAAGAAAAUCAAAAUGCCCAUGAAAUAUGAGAGCUUCAAAUUUUCAUUAUUGUUAGGCAGAAUUAAGCGAGUGAAAUAGCAUGGUGGUUUGUCUCGUCCAUCCGAACCAUUUUCUUCAAUUCCUUUGGUAGUUUAGAUUGGUCUAAGCUAACAUUCACCCAAGUCCACAAAGGUAACCUCCAUUUUCAAACAUAGCUCUUUUUCCCAUCAAUUCAGAUGCUGAUGCUUUAUUUCAUUACGAGUUCAGAUUUAAUUAGUAUUUACUUUCGAGUGAUCUAACAAGUAACGAGUGAUGAACUUGUAAAAUGUAUAUACAUCUGUUACAUGCAAGUCUUUCUCAUAUCGAGAUAUGAAAAGAAAAAGUUAAGCGAAGUAGCAUCGUGGAGUAGUCGUAUGAUUGCACGGUGUCCCUCAAACAGUAGAGGCUUUGUUAUUGGCCUUUUAUGUAAGGUGUUAUACAUUUUAUUUUGGUUAUUUUUUCAAUAUAAACUCUAAAUAUCAAACUUUAUACUCUAUAAGCUUUGAUUUUAUAUUUCUAAAACCGUAUGGAAACAUUAUAAACAAAAGAAAUGUCAGUACAGAAUUUUGAGGUUCCUCUAUCGUGAAGGUUGCCUAAUGCCCACCUCUUUUAUUAUUUUUGAAAUUUAAAAUUUUAAUUUAAAAAUAACAAAACAAUGUUUUUGAAGUGUUAGUUUCCAAAUGUUUACAAUUAUUCAUCUCCUCCAUAAUUCAUGGUUUAACAAUAUAGUACAAAAACAAAAGAGAAUCGUUGAAUUAUGAGUGAUUUAAAAACAAAAGAAGCAGAUAGAGCAUAUCAAAUUGUUAAGAGGAUAUGGUAGAAUCUCCCCUUCAUGGGGAGUUAGAUUUUAAAGGCACAUGGAAAAGUAAGUAGGGUCCUAAACUCAAUCAAAACACCAUUUGGGCCCAUGUGAAAAAGCCCGGAUCAAAGCAGAACCUGGCCUCACACACGGACCCACAGUGGAAAAAGAGGCCCACACCAGCAAAGAACCCAACCCAGUGAGACAGUGACAUUUCUGGAACUUAAAAAUUGGAAAGCAGUUGAAAAUAUUGUCACUUCAAAUUCGUGAACUUAAGACAUGAUUUGUAUUUUGGUUCUCCAAUUUGCAAAAUGAUUGUUGUAGUCUUGAAAUUCCACUUUCAUUAGCAGUGUUGAUCGAGAUUUGUUGAAUUUUAUGUCAUAUUUUAGAGGUAAAAAAGGAUCAACACUGAUAAUGAAAGUGGAGUUCAAAACAAACUAUUUUACAAAAUUAAGGAUCAAAAUACAAAUCGAAUGUAAGUUGAAGACCACUACAAGUGAAAAGCCACAUGAUAUAAUAGAAAAAGUAUGCAGAUGCCUAUCCCCCGUCAUAAUAAGCGCCACCAUGGGGACACUUCAAAAAAGUAGAACUGUUGUGCUCCCGCGAAAAAGUGGUUUUCAAGCCUUUGUUUAUUCCUCUGUGGAACUGGAAAGCUGAGCUCUGGGAGAUUCUUCAGUCAAAAGCAACUAAUUUAGCAAGAAUGGUGAAGGAAACUGAGUUCUAUGAUGUCCUCAGCGUCAGUCCCUCAGCUUCUGAGGAAGAAAUUCGCAAGGCUUAUUAUAUUAAGGCAAGGCAAGUUCAUCCGGACAAAAAUCCAAAUGAUCCUCAGGCUGCUGAAAGAUUUCAGGUACUAGGUGAAGCUUAUCAAGUUUUGAGUGAUCCAGUGCAAAGAGAUGCAUAUGAUCGAAAUGGAAAGUAUUGCAUAUCUAGGGAAACCAUGCUUGACCCCACAGCUGUCUUUGCUUUUCUUUUCGGAAGUGAAUUAUUUGAGGACUACAUAGGACAUCUAGCUGUAGCAUCAAUGGCCUCUUCUCAAUUAGCUGGUGAAGGUGACAGCCCUGAAAAAGUGCAUGAUAAAUUGAAGGCUGUCCAGAAAGAAAGAGAAGAAAAGCUAGCAAAAUCACUCAAGGAUUUUCUUAAACAAUAUGUUCAAGGUGACAAAGAGGGAUUCUUACAGCAUGCUGAAUCUGAAGCUGGACGACUUUCUGAUGCAGCCUUUGGAAUUGAAAUGCUACACACUAUUGGCUACGUAUAUUCGAGACAAGCAGCACAAGAGCUUGGAAAGAAAACCAUAUUCCUAGGAGUACCAUUUUUGGCUGAGUGGGUACGGAAUAAGGGACAUUUCUGGAAGUCACAGAUGACUGCUGCAAAAGGUGCUUUUCAGUUGCUCCAACUUCAAGAAGAAAUCCGUCGGCAAUUUAAAAUGGAUGGAAGCGGCCCUGAAAAUGAUGUUGAAUCACAUAUACGCUUAAACAAAGACACACUUUUGAACUCAUUGUGGAAAUUGAAUGUGGUGGACAUUGAAGUAACUCUCAUGCAUGUUUGUCAAAUGGUUCUACGGGAAAAUAACGUUAGAAAAGAUGAACUUAAAGCUCGUGCUCUGGCGCUCAAACACCUUGGAAGGAUAUUUCAGGAGGAAAAGCAGACACGAAAUGGUGGAACUUCAAGAAGGAAAAGUUCAGCUGACACAGACGACGACGGGAGCAGUUCCGAUAGCAGUUCUGAAGAGGAUUCGCCACGACCACUUUCAUAUAGAACUCCUUUUCUCACUCAGGGUAUUGGCAGGCUCUUCAGGUGCCUUUGCAAUCCAGCAUUUGAUGUUGAUGACGAAGAGAUUGUUUACAAAAGCAAAUGAUAUGCAAUGCAUGAGAUUAUAUGUAAAAGAAGGAAAAGUUGACAAGCGUACGUGAGAUGGCAAAGCAUAUAUAUAAGUUAUAACAGAGGGUGAAAGCUGUCGUGGUAAAUCGAGGAUUUUGUUAUAUUCAUGCUAGAGAAUGGCGCAAGCCAGUGUCGUGUGUCAAAAUGUAUUUAUUCAUUGCCCUCAUUAUUGUGGAACAGUUCCAUUUUCAAAUAUGUUCAAUUUUUACAGUGAUAUAUAUAUGUAAUCGCAACAACGAAGCUUUCUCUUCAGUUUCAGACUCUCUUUAGAGUCUUCCGCGUGGACGAGGGCGAAUAUAUCUUGUAAACAGAUGUGAGAAAUAUAAGCAUGAUUGUCACUUGGUCAGUUUUGUUAGAAUUAGAUUUCUGAACGGAUUGCGAUUUGUCCAAUUA